AUGUUCAACGGGAAUACUUGGUUUACCUUCCUGAUAUUUACUUUGAUUGUCGUCGUUGCUUUACUGGGAAAUUCUUUAGUCAUCUAUGUCCUUGUCGUGCGACGAAAAAAGUUUCUCAAUAAACCUUACAGUGUGUUUAUUUUGAAUUUGGCAAUUGUAGAUUUUCUGACUGCCAUAUUUUUAAUCGUCAGGUAAGAUGUUUUUUAUGAUUCUUAUAAAUAGAAGUGAGAUAUUGAGAGCAGUGAUUGUUGUGAUUCAUAACAAUGUCUGGUUAUGAUAUCUAGCUAGUUAUAGGCGGAUAAGUGCCAAGUUUAGAUUAAAUUGUGCACUUGAAGGAAAAGGCAUGGCAUUUGGCAAAACGAUAGUUCUCGGUGUGCUUAUUAAUAUGGUAGGGAUAUGAAAAAGUAAUGUUUGUGCCUCAAAAUUUCUUAGUACAAUUUUCUUACAAUUUGCCUGUAAAAAUACCAUCUACUAGAAAACGUGAAGUUCCAAGUUCAUGGAUAGCAAACCGAAUAACCUAUUCCAUUAUACAGGGCCUUUCGAAUUAUUAUCCAAAAGGUAAAAACAUACUUGAAUAUUGCAAAAAAAAUCAUUUUGAGCAAAUAUAGACCUGACGUAACUGAAAAUUGGGGAGAGAAACCCCACAAUGUAAAAUACUGGUUCACCAGUAUGCUAUGUAGCUAAUCCUUUAAUAAAGUUCAAGUUAAAAACAAGCAAACCGCUUAAUAUAGCUUAUACUGUAUAGUUUUUUUCAAGCUUUCUGAUGAUGUAGAUUACAUUUAUUAUAAAUGAACUUAACUUUUCACACUUUUUUAGAUUAUACUUCUAUACUAUAGGGUAAUGUAAAAAUACUUCUAUACUAUAUGGUAAUUUAUGUUUAUUAUUUGUAUGUUAUUUAGCUACAGAGCUAUAUUUAUUAAGCCUAGCAGGGCUGUAUCUAGUAGAUAUACUGCCUUCUUAUAAUAAAUAAUUCACCCACAAUGACUCAAAAUUUUAGGUAAAAAUGUCUCAAAUUUAUGAGCAAACUGCCAUACUUAAAUGUACUCAAUUUUUUGAGUAAAGAUUCGAUAAUGUCAUUAAUAAUGAGAGGGGGGAGUGGGCGGUGGUUCAGAAAUUCCCAACAUUCUACAUGUUCUUGAGACCGCCCCCAAAUGGCAAGACAUUUAUUUGGGAGCCCCUGUAUAGUCCACUUAGUCCAUAUCGAGUAAUUUAUUAAACUUUGUUGUAUGAUUAAAAACUUGGAAUUGAAUUGCAAUCACGUGAAUAAAACCUACAUGAAGUUGUAGAUUGCAUGCAAAGUGUUUUUUUAAACUACUAAUGUACUUGUGCAUCGUACUUAGCAAAUGCUAUCCACCGGGACACCCACUACUAAAUUAAUGACCGGUCCCUUAAAAGGACGUAUUUUUCCACCCAACCUUUCCUGUCAAUUAAAACCAACCCUGACAUUCAUUCAAUAUAUACAUGUACCUAGAUCGACCUAUUUAAGUUUAAAAAAGUAUGUGUCACUUCACUUUUUUGGCACUCACUCAAAUCUUGCUGCACGAAACAUUUUACAAAUAUUUUUCUCUUAAUUAAAGCUGUCGGCUGUUCUGCAGUUUUCUUGAAUAACGAAAACUAAAUAUAGCAUUUUUACUCUGGCAGUCUGUCUUGGCCUAUAUUUUUUAUACACAACCUUUACAUCACACGAAAUUUCGUUUAACCAAGUUGCAACCAUUUUCUCCCCCCCCCCCCUCCCUCUCCUCAGUCAGACAGUCCUGAAGGGGAGGGGGUCUCGAUCCCAUUUCCCAGCCAUUUUUGACCAAAUCCCAAUUUCAACAUUAACUUAAAAGAAUAUUUCUGAACAGGUAUUUCACCUAUGUGUUGACUUUUAAAACACAAUAUCCUGCUUUCAAACGCUCUUUCAAUUCUGAAUAAUUUUACAAAGUGAAAGUCUAUAAAUACCUGUAAUUUUGCUGUAGUCACAUACUAGUCAUACUAAUAGUAGAAUAAUGACCUCGAGCCGAAAAACUACGGAAUACAGUCUUCCAGGGCAUUUUUAGACAAACUCUCAAUCAAAAGUAGCUCCGUAGCUUUCCUCCAACAAAUGUUAUGUAUAAUGGUAUGUAUAUGGUUUCCCUAUUCCCAUUUUUGCGUCUGUCAUUCCCGGUUCCAGUAACCCAAAUCCAGUUCCCAUGUUAAUUGGCCCUUGUUCACGACCUUCCAGCCAUAAUGACCAAUCCCUAUACAACGUAUUUUUUAUCUUGUAGUCGUUUUCUCUAUCUUCCGGAAACACCAACUUACAAUGACACUGCAGCUGAAGUAUUUUGUCAAACCAUCUGGUCAGGGAGGUUUGCAUUCGACAUGGGUUAUAUUUCUGUAUACACAUGUGUUGCCUUAACGAUAGAGCGUUGGUUUGCGGUUGUAAAACCAAACAAAUAUCGUUCAGCGAAAACGAGGCAUGCUGUUUAUGCCGUUAUCUUAGUGUGGUUCUGUGGUCCUGCUGUCAAUUGUACUACCUACUUUCGUAUAAAAUACAACGUUGAAGAGAAGAAAUGCGUAUGGAGAACUAUCCCAUUUGCAGAAGAAGAGCUACCCUGGAUUGCUUUAGCUGUACAAUCCAUAAUACCUUAUACUACAAUGGUAGUGUUAUAUAGCCAUAUCUAUUAUACAUUGAAGAAGUUACCACGGCUUACUUCGAAUAGAGAUAUACAACUACGGAGAAUAACAGUGGUUGCAUUGCUGGCAUGUUCAGCGCUAAUCUUAGGAUGGGUGCCUGGUCGUGUUACGUUCAUGCUAACAAAGUUUGGUCACCUCGAUCCAAAUGGAAGCAUUCACUUCACCUGCGUGAUGAUCACAUUUCUAAACUCGUGUGUCAAUCCCUUUUUGUAUGGGAUAUAUAGUCCGGCAUUUCGAGCAGAGUACAAGAAGGUGUUUCAUUACUACUAUCGUAAAACCGUGACUGUUUUUCGUCAUAGUCAUGUAAAGCCCACUCCUGAUCAAGUGCAAGGCAAUUCACUGUCUGAAAAAGCGGUGUCUACGCUAGAGCAAGGGAAAGCCAGCUCACUCUCUGUGAAGGCUGAAUAUAACGAAGGAUACGCAUUCACUGUAAAGUCAGCAUCUGAACAAGGCAAUUCAAUCGCUCUAAUGCCAGUACCUAACCUAGCCAGGAUACCAAAUGAUGAAUCUGCCAAAGUAGCGCCAAAAGAAUCUUAUAUGGAAUGUAGUCUCUAAAUUUUGUGUGCUAUUUUAACUCGAACAAAAUAUGGUAAAUUAACAAUUAUGUACAGUACUAACAUUAUGCAUUCAAUGUUUAGAUACUGUACAAAAUUACUGUCACAGAAAUGUUUUGUCUAUAACGUCACGUACGUCCGUGAUGAUAUCAGUAAACACACCGACGGAAACUGAGCCAAGAACGCUUUUUUACCGAUAAAAAUGAAGAAAUUCCUUUGAAAUCCCAUGCCCACCCUUUUGUACCCUCAUACUAACCACUGAUAAUUUUUAAUUUUUUUUGCGAACUCAUUAAUAAUUUAUGAAGAAAACACAAAAGAAAUCAUGAGCACAAACGAAAUUAUGUUUGGUUAUGAGAACGAAAGCUCUGACAAAAAUAUGGAAUCGAAAUAAAGUAUAUUACAGGAAAUAUUCAGUUGUUUUAAUCACAAAAUGGAUUUCUAUUUGACAACUAGUGCCAGUACUUUUCCGCGUAUCAAGAUCACCUGGUUUACAUAAACUUUAACUUUGUCUUAUUUGAAAGAACUUUUAAAGUUAUAUAUGAAGACCCUUUUUCUUACCUUGCUUGGUUUUCGAAAUAUUUUGACCAAAAACAGUGUGCAGUCCGCCAUCUUGGUAUUAUAAUUGACCUAAUUAACUCAGUUCUUGAUGACGUCAAAAGCAGGGUAAACUUGUUAAAACUUCUUCAUGUGGGACUAAAUUUCUUCGAAACGUUUCUUAAAAUGUUGUGAGAUAAUUGAGUACUAAACAGACUUCGGAAAAUCGAGUUUCAUAUUGAUAAUGACAAGUGGUUUGCAAGAUAAAAAUUUCGCUUUUUACCCUACUUGUGACGUAUGCAUAUCGAAUGCAUAUCCAAGAUGGCGGAAUACACGCUGCUUUUGAUAAAAAUAAGUCUAUUUAUUUCGAAAACCAAGCAACAUACGGAAUAAUUGUAAAGGAAGUUUAUAUAUCAUUUUAAAUGUUCUUUCAAAUAAGACAAACUUAAUUUAUAUUACCAUAUCCCUUUAGGUUUAAUUUUCUCA